AUAAUAAUGAUAAUUAUAACAAUAAGGUGGUGGGUUAUAUAACCAUCUACUGGCAAUUUUAUAAAUGGAUAAUGAUAAAUCUUGCUUAAGUUUCUCCUAAUAUAAUUAAAAUCUAAUUAAUAAAAAAAAAAAAAAUAAUGCCAAAAAAGGCUACAUGUACAAUCUGCAGGUGGAAAAUGGCGCCGCGAGCAACUCUACCAAGAGAUGGAUACGUGCACCAAAUAAGAUGACAUUAAUAUUAUUAUUAUUAUUAUUAACCACUUUUUAAUUUUUAUUGUAGGAUUGUUAAAAAGGUGUACGAUGGCAGUUGGACGAACACAUGCUGACUUAAUUGAUGAUCUGAAAGAUGAGUUCAUAAACUGUAAAAUAUGCACUAAACAGUAUACAAUGACAGAACGAAGGCCAAAAGAACUGCCAUGUCGUCAUACGUAUUGCUCGAGUUGCAUCAAUACAAUUGUUCCACAACCAGGCCAAUGUCAGGGCCGCUGUCCUUAUUGCAGAGCUCCAUUUGAUCUUGAUGAUGAAGGUGCAGAUAAACUUCAAGACAACUUAACAAUUAAGCAGUUAUUGGAUUUUCUAAAAGUUUCAAAACCAGAACCCAUGGAAGGAAUAACAUGUGAUGAAUGUUCACGUGGUAACAAAUCUGUCAGCUGGUGUUACCACUGUCGUCAUUCAAUUUGUAGAAAAUGUGAAGAGUCCCAUGCAGAGAUGAGGUCAUUUUCAGGUCAUAUCACUGAAUCAUUGGACAUUGUUAAAGUAAACGAAGCAAGGAAAAUAUAUUACUGUGAACAGCACAAGCAAGAGAAAUUGCAAAAAUUUUGUGAAUGUUGCCAAGAGGUGAUCUGUUUUCAGUGUACUCUCAUAUCCCAUCAUGUAGACAAAGGCCAUAAAGUUGUUGAUCUUGCAAGUGUACAAGAAAAACAUCUUACUGAACUAAAUAAAAUUGUUGAUGAAGUGAUGUCCAUCCAGCAGAAAGCAAUUCUGAAGUCAUGUAUAGCUACCAAAAAGACUGACAUGCUUGAUACAAAUUACCGGUCAUGUACUGAAGACAUGGAUUCAUUUCUACAAAAGUUUCAAUCAACAGUAAACGAAACUAUAGUUGCUCAUUUUGAAAAACUUAAAAAGUAUGUAGAUGCUUUCAAGUUGUCAGCAAUUGAUCAAUUCAAGAAAGAAACAGAAGCAGCUGAAAUAUUUCUAUCUCAUAUCGGUAGCACUGUAGAAACUUUCCAGCCCAUCUUGGAUCGAAAGUGUCCAGUUGAGAUUGCACGUACACUACAUGUUCACAGCAGGUCACUGACAAAACUUGUUAAUGAGGAUUGUAAAUCAUUGCCAGAUACAGGAGAGGAAGGUGGACCAGUCCCUAAUGUUUCAUACAGCUUGUUGUCAUUUACACAUAAUUGUGAAAAUUUAGCUUCCAUUAUCGCAAACAUGACAGCAAUUGAAGCAUUCAAUGUCGUCCCAGCUUACACUAAGGUAUCUGUAGAAAAUGGUGUCAUUGGAGUGCCAUGUCGCUUCAUUAUUAAAUUGCACAACAGAAACAAACAGCCUUGCAAUCGAGCCUCUAAAGACAUAAAAGUAGAAGCAACUGUGUGCCCUGAUGAAAGUAUGUCAAGUAGUCCUAUUGUUUGCCAAGUCCACCCAACAAGCCCAGGAGAAUAUGAGGCACAGUUUACUCCUCAUACAAUAGGUUACCACAAUGUGAUCUUGAAGGUUAUGGGAGAAUCUGUCAUUUCACCUCUGAUUUCUGUUGGUGAAUUUUGUAUUAAAAUUUUACAGGACGAGUCACAAAGUACUGUUCGUGCUAAUGUCAUUCUUGUUAGUACAGAUAACUGCAAGGUAUCAAUUGAUCUCCAAAAUGUUGAAGUCCAAUGCCUUGGUCCUAGGUCUGAAAUUGUUAAACCAGUAGAACAUCACUUUGCUAAAGAUAUAGUGGAAGCUAAAUUCAAUUUAAAGUGUCUUGGUAAACAUUCGGUUCGUGCAGUGUACUGUGGUAACCCCAUUAAGAACAGUGAAGACCUAGUCAUAAACAAGACACAGCAGCUGAUUGGACAGGGUGGAAAAGGACCUGGAAAUCUCCAGGACAUUGCUGACCUAGUGGUGCUUCCAUGCGGAACCCUCCUCGUUCUUGACCUACAGGCUAAGAGAGGAAAAACAAAAUGCCAUCUCAUUCUCAGUACAUGGAAUUCAAAUGGAAAAUUUAUUGGUACUACUUAUACUUCAAUUGAAGGUUCACAGUAUCAUAAGCCUAGUUUAGCUGUUGGAUACUUAAGUGGAUCAAAUGUGUGUGUAUGUUCAAAUGAUGAAACUGAUGCAUUCCAAAGCAUUUUUUUUACAACACCCUCUUUGAAACUGAAAAAAAGAGAAUUAAAGUUAGAAAAUGUCAAACCACUAGCAAUUGCAAUGAAUUCAGAAGGCAUUAUUUUUAUGUGCUCUUCAGAAUCAAAACAAAUCAAAGCCUUUUCUCCAGAUGGCAAGCUUCAUUCAAUAAUUGAUGUUAAAGAUUUUGAAAUCAAGAAUCCAAUAGACAUCUGCAUUGACUGCAAAGAUAAUGUUUUCAUUUGUGACAUCGAAAAUAAUUGCAUUCACAUGUUAAAUUCUGAUCAUAAAUUUGUUAAAACAUUUGGAAAGGAUGGUGAGAUUAAUGAGCCAAUUGCCAUAGCUGUUGACAGUUGUGGCACACUGUUCAUUUUAGGUAAAGGAUACAUUUUAGUAAUUCAAAUUGACAACAGUCAAAUUAUUGACACUCUUGAGUGUUCAUCUCGUAAAGGAGACAAGAUAGCUUGCACAAAAGAUAAUUACAUAAUCAUUACAAAUAAAUCCAAAUCCAAUUUAAUCAAGUUGGCUUACUGUAACACACAUCUAGGUGCAUCAUGUUGA